AACUCCCAAACAAAGGCUUUAAGAAAUCACUCUAUCCCAGAAACCAGAGCAAGACAUUUUUUCCUCUGGCCCUUUUUGGGGAAAUGUGAGAAAAGAUGAGCUAAGUGACAUGCUAGUUCAUUCUUUCCAUGUCUCUGGCGCUGACCCUGCGAUAUGGGUCAUUUGAUGCAUGAAGGAGUGAGAAGUUGCAUGUUCGAGAAGUUUGGCUGCCUCUCCUGAGUCACUUGGACUGAUCUUAGAUGUGUACAGGACUGCAUUUUCUUAAUUAAGUAGACUUCUUUUCAUAUCUCUGGGAAAGGCUUGAUUGGAGAAGUAUGCAGCAGCCGGUAGUCUCCUGCAGGAUGCCAACAGAGGAAAUCGAGAGUGUGUCUCUUCCUGUGGGUUGGAAAAGCUACAUUUCACCUGAGGGACGGAAAUACUAUGUCAACACAAGCACUAAAGAGACAACGUGGGAACGGCCAAGCACAUCCACCACCAGCCCCAAGGCUUCUGGGUUUCACCAACACUCAGCUCUGAGGGAAGGAGAGGGACAGCUCAUAGAAGAACUGCAUUGUACCACAGCCUUCGUCAUAAUAAUCACUCACCACUGGACACAGUCAGUGGACACGUACACACAGGCUGUUCAGCCUUAGUGCGAGCUGAUUGUUGGCCAUCUGUGAGACGUGGGUCCAGAUUCAAUGAUAUGAUUACUACUUGGACAAAAUGCAUUAUCUGGAACAUUAUCUUCAGUGUGGUGUCAAUAAGAGUUUAUUAAGUCAGUGUUAAUGCGUCAGCGCUCACAUAAGCUGAUGAAUACAUAAAACUGUUGACAUAAAAAUAUUGACUGCUGUCUAAAACGUCCUAUGUUGUGUAAGUAUCAGGCACUUCAGUCUGACUUAGAGCAGUGUAUUAUGAGCUGUGGGUUGGAGAGGAACUUGUGCAAAGAAUGUUAAUGAUUGUGAAUUUAUAUCAUUUUUAGAACUAUAAGACAUUUAAGUUUGUUGGGGAGCUUAACCAAUAUUUACAUAUUAUUGGCAUGACGUGCAACAAUUGUGCCACCAAUAACAGCAUUGCUUCUCAGCGGGAGCAGCACUCCUCACAAGCUGCAUGCAAAAACAAACAAUACCACGAUCUGUGUGGUCAGAUGUGUGCAGUCUGAAAGUUCCUUUAAAUGGAUUGUUCAAAAGUCACAUACUUUGUUACUGUUUGCUACAGUUAAUGGUUCGAUU